CACACGCGGCGUGCAAAGAGCCAUCGGAGACGAGAGACGUGAGCCUUUAUAAAUCGCGAGGAUGCACGCCGAAGCAGUGACACCUCGGCCGACGACGGUGAAAAACGCGCGGCCGCGAUUGAUCAGUAGUGGCGAACGCAUUUUUCACGCUUGAGCAUCGUAAGAGUAUCCACGGGGCGCGAUUAAAGACGCAAAAGUUUCCAACAAAUGACAUCGCGAAGUUUUCCACUGAUGAUCCAACGGCGAUCGCUCGCCUUACAUUUCCCCCGCGAAAAAAUGAUAAAAGAUUCCUCCCUUCUUCGAGGGAGGAAUUGAAAUCUCGACUCGAAGAGUAGUUUGAUCGCAAUUAAUUUGCUGCGCUUUCCACUAAGUUUCUUCUUUGUUUUAUCGACCUCGGGCCGGCGUUUCGAUCAAGGUAUUUGAAAUAACGAACCUCUCAAGGUUUCUAAAACGUCAAGAACAAUAUCGACACCUCGGCAAACAAACAUUUCGCCCGCCAUAUUGCCGCACUUUAACCGUGUAAGGUCGAUCGUUCACGUCGGGACCAUUCAAUCGGUUAACUUCCCCGGAAACUGAUCGACCGGAACUCACCGCCUCGAGGAAGAUUGCGAGAUUCUUCGAAACGACUAGUACGACGCGCUUCCAGCUGCAGUAGCAUCGAUCGUUGCAAAUUGGAUUGCCGUUAAGACUGAGCGGCGGGGACCACCUCGGAGUCGAACAGACUUGGUGCUCAGUGCCGCCAGUAUCAGCGCGAAAUUUCCAGCGAGAGAGUGGAAUUUCGGAGUUCGGAGCGUCGCGGCUUAAUUCACCACGGGAGAAGCGCACGUCUAGCAGCACCUGGGAUGUGCAGUAAACGAGCGUGACUGAGAGAAAGAAGAAUACGACGAGCUGUACGUUGCGCUCACGGAUGAGACUUGUUAGCGGCGGGCUCGUACCGAGAGUCAGUUAGUGGUGAUCUUGACAAACAGGAGGAUGCAACCACGGGUGACAGUGGCUCUGGCCACGGUCUGGCUGAUGGUGGCGGUUCUGGUAGGAGGAGCAGUCACCCUCCGCCUCUCUCACGAUCAAUACUCCCCCGCGUCUCCGCGCCGACACGCCGGGAUUCAACGGGACCAUACCAGAGACUGGGAGAGGGAUCACGAUCCGGCCGAGGAUCAGCCGUUCGACCUUUGGAUCGGCUCCCGAAGGUCGAUUUUCACGGACGGUUGGCAGAAGCGGUUGCCGAAUAUCGUCGGCGCGGAAUUCGUGGCCGACAAAGUCGAUUACGGCUAUGAGAUGCCGGAAACGCUUUCGCGCGAAACGGUGGUAUCCCCUUCAGACCUUUUGGACGACCCCUUUGUGGCAGACGACACGUUCCAGGAUCAAGGCCCAGGGUCGAUGGAAAUAUACAAGCUGGACCUAUCCAAAGAGAAGACUCUACUGACCGCAACCACGCCCUCCACAAAUUUACUGUUGAGAAAUAAGAGCAAAGCUCCAAAAAAGAUGGAUCAUCCGAAUCCGAAGACAAAGAUGACAGAAGUCAAGUCAACAACGACAAGUGAGAACAUUAAUCACAGGCAAUCGAACUUUUUUGAAGAACAACGAACCAAGACUUCUUUGGUCAACAAAGACGCCUUCGGCUUCGGCGGCGUGCCAGAGCUACAGGUUGGAUGCGAAGGUCUCGAAGCGUCGUCGUCGUCCCACAAGGCGAAAAGAUCGAUAGACACGCCUGACGAGGAGAAGGGAGAAGUGCCAGCGUCCGAGCUGCUGGACGUGAUGCCGGUAUCCCUGGAUCUCGACGACGUUCUUUCAUAUGACGAAGAAGAGUACGAAGAGAUGGACGAGUUGCUUAAACUUAAAAGAUUGGAAACUACAACAAAAGGAAACAAGCUAAACAGGGGCGAUAUGGAUGCCAGAUAUCUUAAUUCCGACCAUCUGGACGAGUUCAGGCAACCGGAGAAGUUACCAGUACGAGGAGACUUGGGUAGGUCCAUUCAAAUGAAUUCUAGCGGGCUCAUAACUGGCCAGAGGAAAUUAUCCAAACGAUCUCUCGAAAUUAAGAACUAUGAGAAAACUAAGUCCAAACGAGGAGCUGUUUCAUUAGACGAUGAUGAUCGCGCUAGGCGGAGUCACGGUCGACGGUUGCUGUGGUUUACCGAAGCAAAUACCGAGAGAUUUGCGGACGGCAAAAGCGAGCGGAAGCGUACGAGACGGUCGAUCGAUUGGGGCUUCGGCGAGGAUGAAGGUGUCGUAGCCAGCGACGAGUUGCAGACCGUGAAUGAACGUCGUAGGCAGCAUGACAUGCGAUACCAUCAAGACAUAUCUAAGAGACGUGAUCAGAAUCGUGGAUUAAAUACCGACACUGAAAGUAUUAGACAGGAGUACGAAAAACUACUUGAACAAAAACGAAGAGAAGAGGAAGAAUACAUGCGACAAAUGCAACAGGCUAAUCGAAAAACAUUGAGUAGAUGGGAGGAGGAGGAAAAAAGGCGCAGAGACGAGAUGCGGAGGAGACAAUACGAGGAGUAUCGUAAGAGGAUGGAUCACACUUCAGCACCUCGCAUAAACAACGAAGAGGUGCGACGACAAAUGGAAGAACGGCAAAGGCAGGAAGCAGCGCGCAAUCGAACGCAAGAGAUGGCCAGAAGAAACGAGGAAGAACUAAGAAGGCGAGAGGAAGAAGAACGAAGACGACGGUUGCAAGAAGAAGAAAUGAGAAGAAGAUCACAGAGUAAGUGGCAAGAGGAAAAUUUGAGAAAAUCAGACCCUAGAACCUCAUCUGUAAGUGAUGAAGAAAGAAAACGAAAACUUUAUGAAGAAGAAAUGAAGAGACGAGAAGCUGAACAACGAAGACGAUCGGAAGCAGAAGAAGCAAGAAGGCGGGAACAGUACAGAUCGCAGCAAGAAGCGCAAAGGAAAAGGGAAGAAGAAGAGAGAAGGCGCCAAGAAAAUCCAAUGAGAAAUCUUUCUGAAUAUGAUAGAAGGAGAUUAGAAGACCGUCGUAGAGAAUGGUCAGAGAAGAGAAGGCAAGAGAACGAAGAUGAGACAAGGCGACAGCAGCCGCCAUCGAAUUUAAUGCGUGCGGAACAUCCAGUCAGUCAUCCGAAUGAUAUCAGACAGCGCGAUCAAGACGAAAAAAGACGGGAGGAAGAAGAAAGACGGCUGGAUCAGAAACUGCGAGAAUAUGUCGCACGGAAUCGACCUAUCAAUGUCAAUAGAAUCAAUGCCGAACGAAGAUCGGAAGAAGAGAGACGGCGCUAUAGACCCGAGGAGAACAGAGAUCCGCGGAUGAAUGUGAGUAGAAACGACGAAGAGUACCGCCGACGAGUAGAGGAGCAACGUAAAAGACAAGAGGAAGAGAGAAGACAACAGGAUUACAUCAGGAGGUACCAGCCAGUGAAUGUACCAUCGAGGGAUAAUCAAUCGACCGCGGCCGGUCGUAACUGGUUCGAGGAGCGGAGACUGAUCGAGGAAGCCAGGCGUCGCGACAGAUAUCCCGAUCCAGGAGUGAAGAGAGACCAUGGACCGUCGGCGCCUACGUAUAUCGAUCCGCGAAGCUCACCGGAGGAAGUCGGACGGAGGCAGCAGGAGGCGACGAGAAGGUUGGAGGAGGAAAGGCGGCAGAGGUAUGAGGCGGAAGAGCGACGGAAGGAACUCGCCAGACGGCAGUGGGAAGAGAAAGAGAGACGGUUACAAGAGGAACGGAUGCGAAAGGAGGCGGCUAGGCGAGAAGAGGAGGCGAGAAGGGCGCAAUCUAGAAGAUACGAGGAGGACAGGAAGCGGCUAGAGGUAGCGAGAAUACAAAACGAGAGAAGGAGGCACGAGAUGUUGAAGGAACGAUCCAGGAACGAAGCUGGAAGGACGAGACUACCGGAAGUCACGAGGCCGGUCUACCAGGACUCUCGUCUUUUGGCGGAGCACAGAAGACGGCAGGAUAGCCGGCCGAUUCCGAGUAAUUUGAUGCGGGCCGAGGAGGCCAAGAAGGCGGCGGCAGAACGAGAGAGGCAAAGAUUGGAAGCCGAGAGACGACAACAGGAAGAGAGCAGAAUGAAGGAGCACACACAGAAGACCGAUCAGUGGAGACGACAAGAACUAGCCAGACUAAACUCCCUGCCGGUAAACGCAAGGAUAAUAGUCCGUCCUGGCGGCUCCUCGCCGACGUCACCCUUCUCGCCAGCGAUAUCGCGCUUCGGCAACGAGAUCGAUUUCACAGGAUUCAAUCCGCAUCGCGAGGGCGUACAAGUGCCACAGUUUCCCGUCCCCCCGACUUCAAGACCACCCGCCCAAACUCCUAGUGCGUGUGUUUGGGCAGUUGUUCACUGUUGUUCAUCCAAUAACAAUCGUCUUGUGAAGUGUUUUGAAUCGUUAGGCUGCCCCGGAAUUAAUUGGGAUCCUAAUCCGUGCAGGGGUGCUAUCGCGGAUGCUGCCAGAGCAGAAGUUCUGAAGUUCUACGAUAACGCGUAAAAUUAAUAACAUCGACAAGAUCAAGCCUUCACCCUUCAAGAAAUAUCAACCAGAUGGAAAAAAAAAA